UUGUUGUUCCCAAAGUAGGCAUUACUCAGAAAGCAACACGAUGCUGCGAUUUGCCAUCAUUGCUGUGUGCAUUGCUUUGUCAGCUGCUGACUACGACAAGAAAAUUGGAUACGGAGGAUAUGGAUAUGGAUAUGGACAAGGAUAUGGAUAUGGACAAGGAUAUGGAUAUGGUCUGAAUAACCUAUACAGACUCGGUGGUGGAUCUCUUUACAACUUUAACCAACUUGGAUAUAACAACUAUCCUGGUCUAUAUGGUGGAUAUAGUGGAUACUCUCCAUUCGGCAAUGGCUAUAGCUAUGGAUUGAACAACUACUACGGUGGUUACAACCCAUACGGAUAUGGAUUGAACAACGGAUAUGGAUUGAACAACUACUACAGUGGUUACAGCCCAUUCGGAUAUGGAAAUCUGGGUUACAACAAUUACCCAGGAUACCUUGGGAACAACUACCUAAACAACGGAUACGGAUCAUAUUCACCAUUCGGAUUGAACUAUCUGAACAAUAACUUCCUCGGCAAUCCACUGCUUACCUCCGUCCCACAAGUUCUACCCGGAUUAAGGAAGAGAGCAGUAUAUUAAGCCACGCAUACUCAACGGACAACACGCAGAUUGAAAAACGACUGACCGACCAACUACCAUUUGUCAUGUACAUGAUUUUUUUUUGUAUUUAAUAAAUGAAGCACACAACAAUAA